CGAGAAUGUAUCACCAAGGAAUACAUAUAUCUGAACGCGAAUUUCUUGAGCUUCGACGUGUAGCUAUUCAUGCUGCCCAAAAUUCUCAAUCACUUAUUAUUCUUCCAUGUCACAAAUCUCAUAUCGAUUAUCUUGUUAUUUCUUACAUAUUUUACCGUUUGGGCCUCGCCCUUCCGCAUAUUGCCGCGGGUGACAAUCUUGACAUGCCUAUUGUCGGUAAAGUCCUUAAGCGCGGAGGUGCAUUCUUUAUUCGACGAACAUGGGGUGAUGAUCAACUUUAUGGCAGUAUUGUAAAGGAGUACUUAGAGUGCUUAUUGGAAAGUGGCCAUAGUAUAGAAUGUUUUAUUGAAGGAACAAGAAGUCGUACAGGGAAGCUUUUACCUCCUAAGCUUGGUAUCUUAAAAAUCAUUUUCGAAUGUAUAUUGUCUGGCAGAGCCAAAGACUGUUGGAUAGUACCAGUGUCCUUGCAAUAUGAUAAAGUAAUUGAGACCGAGACGUAUGUUAAUGAGCUGUUGGGUAGUCCUAAGGCAAAGGAAACUUUAUGGAGUGUUGUAACAAAUACUAGACUAUUACAAUUGAAAUGGGGACGCAUAGAUG